AUGGCUGUCUCCGGGGGGGCUGGCAGACACGGGGGGCUGUGCGUCAGCCUGUGUGUGGCCCUCAUUCCCCUGGCCGUCCUUUAUGGUAAAGAAAUUCCUGCUGGAAAUGCCUCCAUUGACCUGACUCUCUUGGUGAAUAAGUUAAUAAACUCGACACAAACUGGCUCCCAGCACAUUUUCACUCUGCUGAGCAUCACGUCUCAUAGUUCCUUGGCCUUCAACAAGCUCACCGUUCUCGUCUACAACAUUUCCAAUUUCAGGAACGUCGAGACUAGCCUCUUUCCGAUGAGAUACUGCUACUGUUUGACUAAUAGGUCUAACGACUUGACAGACUUCACUGCCAUAUUAUUGGACAUCAUGGGGAAUUCCUCCAGCUACCUUCACGAGAUCUUCAAAUCCAGCUCCAUAUUGUCAGUGAGUCAGAACAAGGACCCGGACUGCAUAUACAUCUGUGUGAUGGCUGGGAAGACUGAGAGAGAUCUGUCCCAGCUCUGGGAGGUGGAAUCCGUCAAGCCUCUCUUCAAUCAGACUAUUACUGCUGACAUCCACAGAGGCAACAUCACAGUCCCUCAUCUAGCUAUGGAGUGGCACCAUUCGCUGUCCGGCUCCAGCACCGACAGCUCGGCCCAGCCCAGCGGCACACAGAACGGCCCCGCUAACGCCACCGCGCCCGCCCGGGGUGAUGUCACGCCCAGCCGCAGCCCGACCUCCAGGACGGUGUCCCCGGCCAGUUUCGCUGAGAGACCACGCAGGGUUGCAGGCUGUCCGUGGAAAAAAACGGACAUCUCCCAGGCUGGGACAGUGAGAAAGAAUGUGGAGCCCACGGCCAGCACUGCCGCCACCCCCAUCAGCGCCCAGAAACUGCAGUCCUGCCUGCUCGAACUCUGCAAGUUCUUCUCGCGGUGCCGGUGCCGCGACUCCGACCGUGGCGGAGCGGCUCGGUACUGUGCUGAAAACCAGCGCUGGUAUGCGAGGUACACAACGGAGGUGUGCAAGAGGGUUAAGCGAGUAUCCUACUCAAAAAAUCUGAAGCAGAGGUGUCUGGCCAGGAUGUGUGCAAAGCCGUGAGGAGAAGCUUCCACUCAGGGCUCCUGAGGAAACAGGCCCUGCUCUCGCUGUUUGUCUGCCGCCUGAAUGCUCGCGGCCGCUGUAGCU